UCAUUUUCCUUGCAAUAUUUUCCUUAGCCAUAACCUAAUCCUCAUCUGAAACGUGUUCUCUCUCUCGCUCUCUCUCUCUACAACACAGAUCUGUUUCGCCCUCGACUCAGGCGAGGCACAACGAAACCGCCUGAUCUCUCGCUUUUCAUCUCUGGUUUUGUUGGAUAUGGAUGAACAAAAGAAAGUUUUCACAAAAGUUGAGCAACUUCGCCCUCAAGCUGAGGGACUUAAUCUCAUAGUAAAAGUUGUUAAUUCAAAGAUGAUACUGCCUAAGGGUCGUGCCAAUGGAAAUCAAGGACGCCAAAUGCGACUUGCUGAAUGCUUGGUAGGUGAUGAGACAGGAAUGAUUAUCUUCACUGCCAGAAAUGAUCAAGUGGACUUGAUGAAAGAGGGUGCUACAAUCAACCUGCACAAUGCGAAAAUUGACAUGUUCAAGGGAUCGAUGAAGCUUAUAGUGGACAGGUCAGGUCGUGUUGAAGUCACUGAGCCUGCAAAUUUCUCUGUGAAAGAAAAUAACAAUUUGUCCCUGAUCGAGUUUGAACGUGUGGACGUCGUUAUGUAGUGACUUGUAGCUGGUCUUUACUUUCCUACUGCCACAAUUCGACCUAACUUGUUUUCACAAUUGCAAAUUUGAAGGCAAUUAGUAGAGCUUUCCAUAUUUGGUUUGAGUAUUGUGGUUUUUGUGGGGACCUUAUGCUAAGAAAACAGUUUCUUGUUCGAAUUUACUUUUGUUUUGUUCAAUUUCUAUUUGUUUUUGGAGAGCCGUGUUGUUCUUUGAUUAUGUUUGAUUAAUGUCAUGAAAUUUAGUUGCUUUUAUCACAUGUUUAAUUUCAUCAA